CUACGUCUAUACGAUGCGUAAUGCGGAUGUCAGUGCAAAGCAUUAAUGCUUUUAUAUAUUAAAAAGCAUUAAUGCUUUGUACUUACUGUUUGUACUUACAUCCAUUUGUAGCUAAAAAAGAUAAUCUGAAAGAAAAAGAACCUGUAAACGCAAAUAUUCUUCAAAAAAAUGAUGACUAGCAAAUCCAAGUCAUAUUCUUCCAUAAGGCGUCGUAUUCGUGCCAGAGUUCAAGCACACUUGGAAGACAUUCAAAGUUCAAGUGCCAAAAAUAAAGAUAAUGGCCUCAUACAUAAUUAUUUAUCAGUUGAACAGUGGAACAGUAAACUCACUUUUACAUUUCAUGCAGAUGUAAAUAAGAAGGUCUAUUUUGAAAAAGAAAGUGAUUUUGAUAAACCUAGUAAAAUUGCGGAUGUGUUUGAUGAUAAUCAAGUUUUAGAUAAUAAUGAAAUAUAUAAUAAUCACCCAUCUGAAUCGGAUGACAAUGUAUAUCUCCAAAUGAGUGACAGUGAUAACGUGAAAUGGGAAUCUGAAUCUGAGAUUUUUACAGAUACUGAUGAAAGUGACAAUUAUGGUAAUGAAGGACUGCUUGUUAAUGAUCUUGCUCAAUGGGCUGUUGAAGAAAAUAUUUCUCACAAAUCAUUAAAAUCUCUCUUACAUAUACUUCAACCACAUCAUCAUUUGCCUCUUGACCCCAGGACUUUAUUGUCAACACCAAGGUAUGUGAGUUAUGAAAAAUUAAAUAGAGGUGGUAUAUGUCAUCAUUUUGGAAUUGCUUCAUGCUUGCAAAAAUUGUUUAAAAGUGAACAAAGUUUUGUUAAUCUAUCAGGCUGUUCUCAAUUGUCAAUGCAAUGCAAUAUUGAUGGUUUGCCUAUAUUUAAAAGCAUUGGUUUACAGCUGUGGCCGAUUCUUGGUUUAUUAAAACAACCAAGUUACACAAGUAAACCUUUUCUAAUUGGAUUGUAUGCUGGAUAUAACAAACCUUCUAAUCUUAUUGAAUUUUUAAACUCAUUUAUAGUUGAAACAACUCAAUUAGAAAAAAAUGGAAUAAUACUAAAAGACAAACUUUAUCAAUUUCGCAUUCAUAGUUUUGUGUGCGAUGCUCCUGCACAGUCAUUUUUAAAAAAUACAAAGCUAUAUAGUGGAUAUUAUAGCUGUGAUCGUUGCAUUCAAUCGGGAAAAUAUAUAGGAAGAAUGACAUUUCCAGAAGUAAAUAGCCCUCUCCGAACGAAUGAAGCAUUUAAUGAUAUGUUGUAUGAAGAUCAUCAUAAAAACAAUAUUAAAUCACCUCUAACACAGUUGUCUAUUGGCAUGGUAACUGACUUUGUGUUAGAUUACAUGCAUCUUGUCUGUUUAGGUGUCAUGAGAAAGUUAUUACAGUUUUGGGUCAAGGGUCCUUUAAAAACUAGAUUACCUACACAACAAGUCAUGAAAAUAAGUGAACACCAGAAGUUGUUACGUAGUUCAAUACCAAAUGAAUUUAUGCGUAAACCGCGUUCCCUCACUGAAUUAGAUCGUUGGAAGGCAACAGAAUUUCGUUUGUUUUUGUUGUAUACUGGUCCAUUAGUUCUUAAAUACAAUUUGCAUCCUAUUUUGUUCAAACAUUUUUUGCUUCUUCAUGUAGCCAUUUCAUGUCUUGUUAGCAGUAAGCUUUGUCAAAAUAUGUGCAACUUUGCUCAAAAAUUGUUGACAUUUUUUGUCCAGCAUUCACAGAAGUUAUAUGGACCAGAAUUUAUUACUUACAAUGUUCACUGCCUGGUUCAUUUACCAGAUGAUGUUAGUAGGUUCGGUGCAUUAGAUGAAAUAGACGCCUUUCCUUUUGAGAAUUACUUACAAAGUGUUAAAAAACUUAUACGAAAACCAUCAUUACCACUUGAACAAGUUAUAAAACGAGUUUCAAAAAAAAUGCUUAUCUCUGUUUCUGAUAAAGAUACAAAAAAUGAUUAUCUUAUGUGUAAAUAUGAGCAUAACAAUGGUCCAAUAAUAUGUCCUGAGUUGUUUAAUGUCAUUCAAUAUAUGAGUAUUAAACUUCAAUCAUAUAUGUUUUCAUUAACAAAAAAUAAUAACUGUGUAUUUUUGAAUACUUCCAAAGUUGGAAUUCUUCAAAACAUCAUUAAGAAAGAUUUAGAUGUAUAUAUAGUUGUAAAAUUAUUUUGCAACACAGACUCAUUUUAUGAAUAUCCUUUAGACUCAAAAUUGUUAAAUACAUUUAAAGUCUCAAGUUGAAGAUAAAGUUUCUAU